GCGCCGUUACUAAAUGAAGCAGGUUCGGUUGUGACUUGCUCCUCCUCUCGUGCUCUUUGUGGUCGAGGCUACUUUUGUGCGUGCGACCGGUUUUUAAAGGAAUAUUUACACUGCGUUAAGAUGCAAGGGAACAGAGGAGGCCGUCCUGACCAGCACAACCAUGGCCCGACGAGGCAGCCACCGAAUCUGCAGCACGACAGGAGGCCUCCAGGAACGGAUAGCAACGGGCAGCACGCGGACGGCGGGGAGCAACCCAGCCCUAAUGCCGGUCUGACCAUCGACCUGACGAACUUUAAGAAGCCCGGAGAGAAGACGUACACGCAGCGCAGCCGGCUGUUCGUGGGCAACCUGCCCGCCGGUACCUCCGAAGAGGAAGUGGAGAAGCUCUUCUCCAAAUAUGGCAAACCCUCCGAGAUCUUCAUCAACAAGGACCGAGGCUUUGGGUUCAUCCGUCUGGAAACGAAGACCCUUGCGGACAUCGCCAAAGCCGAGCUGGACGACACGAUGUUCCGCGGCCGGCAGAUCCGCGUGCGCUUUGCCACUCAUGGCGCUUCGCUCGCAGUCAAGAACCUGCCGCAGUUUAUAUCCAACGAGCUGCUGGAGGAGGCUUUCUCCAUGUUCGGCCCCAUCGAGCGCGCCAUCGUGAUCGUGGACGACCGUGGCCGGCCCACGGGGAAGGGCAUCGUGGAAUUCGCCAACAAGCCCUCGGCCCGGAAAGCCCUGGACCGCUGUGCUGACGGAGCCUUCCUCCUCACCUCGUUUCCUCGGCCCGUGACGGUGGAACCCAUGGAGCAGAUGGAUGAAGACGAAGGACUUCCAGAGAGACUCGUUAGCAAAAACCCACAGUACCACAAGGAGCGCGAGCAGCCCCCGCGCUUCGCCCAGCCCGGCUCGUUCGAGUACGAGUACGCCAUGCGCUGGAAGGCUCUGAUGGAGAUGGAGAAGCAGCAGUUUGAGCAGGUGGACAGGAACAUCAAGGAGGCGCAGGAGAAGCUGGAGCAGGAGAUGGAGGCGGCCAGACACGAGCACCAGGUCAUCCUCAUGAGACAGGAUCUGUUGAGGAGGCAGGAGGAGCUGAGGCGUAUGGAGGAGGCGCACAACCAGGAGGUGCAGAAGAGGAAGCAGCUGGAGCUGCGCCAGGAGGAGGAGCGGCGCCGCAGGGACGAGGAGCUCAGGGCUCACACCGAGGAGCUGCUGAGGAGACAGCAAGGCGCUGGAGCCAACUUCGCCGAGAAGAGGGAGCAGGACAUGAGGAUGCACAUGGGAGGUCAAGGCCUUCCCAUGAACAGGACCUCCUUGGGAGGAAACCCUGCACCAGGAGGAGCGCCCAACAUGGCUGCCAAUGAGGGUGCUGGAGCAAACGCAGGUGGACUUCCUCUGCCGUUCCCACGUCCUGGCCCACCUGUUGACUACAAACGGCGCCGGUUCUGAGAGCCCAGGACACACACACACACACACACACACACACACACACACACACACGUGUGUGUGUGUCUCUGUCUUUUUUUUUAUUUUAUUUUUUUGGUCAUUAUUUUUUACACAUGCAUAUACUGUACAAUACUUUUAAAUCCCGCCAGUGAAUUUAGUAGUUUCUUCACGUAACAUAUACGUUUUAAAAGGAAAAAAAAAAGAGAGAGAAAAACUGUGCAAAGUUUCUUUUAAACUUAGACAAAGUCCUCAAUAUAAUUUUUCUCCUUAAGAUUUAUUGUCUUGUGCCCUUAAUGGGUUUUUUGUAUAGACCUUUUGUUGUUGUUUUUUGUUUUGUUUUCCCCCAUAUUAAUGUGAUAUAUCCCUUCUCUUAUUUUAUUUUUUAAUUUCGUAUUUCAUCCCAUGUACUUUUUUAUAUAGACCUAGCGAAUUCAUUUUUGUCUGAAAUACCUGCAUUUGUAAAACGGCUCACAAUAAAAAUUCGGGAUUCAGUGUUA